AUGAGUGACGUGUGCAAGGAAUUCAAAGGCUGGUUCAAUUCAUUUACUAAAACAGAGAUCUAUCUAACGUUGUUGCAAGCCGUGUUCCUCAUAUCUUUAAUCACCAUCGUCACGUUUCUGGUGCUUCAUUUUCUCGUGUGUAUGGAAGACGAUCGUCACGACGACGUCACUGUCACCAUCGAUAACUUGACCACUGUCGCCGAGCGCUCCUCCACCGACGAUUAUACACUCACUCCAGAGAGAUCGACGCUGGCCGAGGACGUGGAGUGUACCUGGACACCGUCCGCGAAGACCAACGCCACCGCUCACUACUAUGAAGGAGGCGAAGUUGUCACUUCUGGAGAUGUUUCGACGGUGGAGUCUGUUAAAACUGAAGAUGGAAAUGAAACGACGGCGUCGUAUGAUGAUCUCGCAGGGGACGUGAAGGCCGGUUGGCUUCUCGCUCUCGUUAAGCUACAGCAACCCGGAGAGGUUCUGUUCGGUUGUACGCUCACGGUCGUCUCGAGUCGCUGGACACUGACUGCUGCCAGCUGUGUAGAAGCCAUAGAGGAAGUGGACACGCUGGAUGACUUCGUGAUGAUGGACAGGCUCGACCGAGGAGCUCGGGGCGACACCCACCAGCUGUCAGAGGUGAUCGUGCAUCCGCUGUAUCAAGGGGUCCACAAAAGUUACGACUUGGUUGCCCUUAAAUCCUACGAUACACUCCGUGUCGACGGCGGCCGACACUUGAAGCUCGCCUCCCUGUUGGACGUCUCCCUCGUCACUCUGGGGGAACGACUCAGCGUCCUCGGCUUCGGCAAACUGAGUCUGUCAGCCGACCCCGGGGACCGCCGUGUCCGCGAGGGGUCCGUGGUCAAGGUGUCUCCGCGGCAGUGUCCGGGCGGCGACACGUGGGCGGCUCGUCACCUGGGGCGGGCGGGCGCAGCGCGGCGUGACGUGGGCGGGCCGGGCGUUCUGUGUGUGGGGCGGGCGGUAGGCGGGCGGGCCUGUCCGUGCGCGGGGGCUCCGCUGCUGUCUUCCGACACGUUGCUGGGUGUCAUGAGCGACGACGGAGCCUGCGGGGUCUCCUGUGGCCCCGCGCUCUACGUCAACAUCGCGCUACUAAGAGAUUGGCUCGACUCAGUUCUCGAUGACGAUUAA